AUGUUGCCCAAAAACAUGCCGGGCGCCACAGCAACCUUGAGCCUUGUGUUGAUGUGUGGAGCUCUGCUGAUUUGGCAAGACCAUUUGGAGCCACGAUUGAACGCCGUUGGGUGGGAGCGCCGCUUGGGUGAAGUGGCAGACAACGCGGCAGUCCUGAAAGGGACAAAUGUCAGCCGUGCAAAUCUGACCCUGCGCGGAGCUGGACCUGUAGCACAACGGGAGAAGAUGGUUGCUCACAUCGACAAGGAGGGCGUGAACAGCCCAAACUUCAGCAAGAACGUGACCAUUUCAGAUCCCAUGACUGUGAACAAGACCCUCGCCUUGCGUCGUGCAGCUGGUUUGGGCCAAGUCGGCAUGGUUCUUGUCAUCGCUCGGAAAUUUCACAUGUCUUUGUCGAGUGUGAUCAAUGAUCUCAUCCUGUCUCGAAAUGGAGCACAUCCAGCAGCGAUCCAGUACGUAUGGGAUUUUCACCGAAUGCGCCUGGGCAUACCCGUUGUUCAUGAAUUCCCCGAAGGCGAUAUUAUAAGAGUGACUCGAGUGGGCAAGACAAUCCAUGGGCCGUACACCGCGCGAGAUGGAGACAGUGUCACCAUUGAAUUGCAGAACAAGGUGUGCUUUUCAGAAGGCGGUCCUAGCGGCAGCAGAGGUUGGCGAGCGCUGACUCUAUUCAAGCAGGACACGUUCUCAGCAGUCGUGCUCGGAGGUAAUUGCGCCAAGGAUACCGGGUAUGUCAACACCCUCGGCCCAGAGUAUUUUCGGCAUCACACCCUGGUUUUGACCAAAGCGACAAGACCAUUCGGAAUCAACCACAACAUGGCCGACUUGUAUGAUGCCAUCGAAAUGACCCCGGGCGCAAAGUACAUUUUCGAAUGGCUGAAGUGA